AGGUCGAGGCGGUAGGAACAGGAAUUUCAUGCUUCGCUGUGACACAUAGUUUUUAGAAGAAGCUGCAUAGACAGGACUUCAAUUAGUACAUAGCAGGUGCUCGCAAAAAUUGUUUUCAUUUUUACUUAGCGUCGUUGAUCCAUAUUGAUUCUCCCUCCUGCUCUUUGCAAUUGCAUCUGCAAGACUACGCGACUUACUUCGUUAAGGACAUUCUAGUUCUACUAGCGUAAAAACUCAAAACACGAAAGCGCGAACUCCCCGACCUGGAACCUGGACACCGGCAAGAACCCGUUUUAAAACAUCGGCGAUUCCACACUAUUUAGUUGUUGGCCCGACGAGUAAGUACUUUCUCGAUUUUCGAUCAGUUUAUCUCGUCGAAAACAAUCUGCAAACAUGGCGCCUGGAGGUUUAUGGGACGCAAGAAGAAAAUCUUAAGUCAACCCAAUUGGAAUUUCGUUACCGCAGCACACGGGGCUGCGAAGUAGAAAAUGUGAAUUUCCAAAGAAGUCAACCUGAUUCUUUCAACUGUGCAAGAAAUGCAUAUGGCAGCGGCACUAGAGCCACCACCACGUAGUACAAUUGAGCCCCAGGGCAAGAAAUUCCAAUCCCCUGCAAGAUUUUUUUCUCUCCCCUUUCCAUACCUGCCUUCCCGCACCAAAAAGUCCGAAGCGGACAAGCAGCUCGAGCGGCACAUGGUGCUACUCGACUACGCGAAAUUGAAACCCAACAUGCCCGCGUUCCAGUACUUAAAGCGGAUCGCGGGCAACUGCGGCAAGGACUGCAUCGCGCCCAACCACGACCCGGCCACCAAGGCGCUGAAGCCGAUUCUGGUCCACGAGGACGCGUGUGCGGCCUGCAUAACCCGGGCGAAGAAGUGCCCGGACGAUGCGGUGAAACUGGUGAAAUUGCCCAGCAACCUGUCGGCGGACUGCACGCACCGGUACGGCAUGAACGAGUUCAAACUGCACCGCCUGCCCAUGCCCGCGCCCAACUGCGUGGUGGGGAUUCUGGGGCAGAACGGGGUCGGGAAAUCCACCGCCUGCAAGGUACUCGCGGGGAGUUUGAAGCCUAACCUGGGGGUUUUGCCGGGACUGGAAUCUGACGGGAAUAGCAAAAAAUUCGUGACCAACCCCACCUGGCUGGACAUCAUAAAAUACUACCGCGGCAGCGACCUACAGAGCUUUUUUCGGGACCAGGUGGAGGGGAAAUUGAUCGUUUCCAUGAAGGCGCAAAUGGACUCGCAGUACGCGAAAAGCCUGGCCGGCAGGAAAAUGCGAGAUAUCAUCGAGGAGGCGGCGGAGGAAACGCUUUUGCAAGAUUUUGGUACAAUUUUUUAUAAAGGAAAUAAAAAGGACAAAGGACGCCGGAAGAUUUUUCGUGGUUAUUGUUCAAGAAGUCAGGCCGUUUGCUUCAGAUCGGGACGAUGAAAACCCGUCUUUCAAACACAAAUCUCUGAAUUGUUGAACAUCAUGAUUACAUAAACUCUAAUCCCAGGCCUCGACAACUCCUACUCGGCGCGCACGCUGCACAUUCUGCGGGAGAUGGACCUGCUCCACCUCCUGGACCGGGAGGACUGCGGAAACUUAUCCGGCGGUGAGAUGCAGCGGCUGGCGAUCGCGGUGGCCUUAUGAAUUGCACAAGUACUGUCGUACUGGUAUAAAUUGCAGGCCGACAUGACACCUAUCUUUACCAACUUGAAUCAGCAUCACAGACUCCUCUUUUCAUCUUGUUAUGCAAAAACUUGUCAUGCGAUUUAUGCUAGUGCAAUGCAAUGCUUUUGCAAUGCAUACGCCUGUUUACCGAAGGAAGCGAACGUGUUUAUUUUCGACGAGCCGUCCUCUUUCCUGGACGUAAAACAGCGGUUGGCGGCGACGCGGCUGAUCCGCGGGUUAGUUGACGAGGAGAGCUGGAAUUUUAGUACGGUUAAUUCCGAGCAGCGAACCAAGAAGAAGUUGAACUUGGAGCAACUGGAAGUGGAUUCUAUCGACCCGGACGCGUCGCCCUCGAAUGUGAUGAACGCGGAUGGAAAUAAUCAGCCACCCAUUCUCUCCGACGACACGGCGUCGCUGAGCAGCAGCGAGGCCGCCCCCGAGGACACCGACGUGGACGACCCGGAGCCGGCGCCGUCCGUGCGGGGCGACAAUGCGAAGGCGAGUUCCCUGCAGACGCGGUACGUGCUCUGCAUCGAGCACGACCUGGCCAUUCUGGAUUACAUGUCCGACUACGUGCACUGCCUGUACGGCGAGCCCGGGUUUUACGGCGUUGUGACAAAACGCGCCGGCGUGCGCAACGGGAUUAACAACUUCCUUUCCGGCUACCUCCCGGCCGAGAACAUGCGGUUUCGCACCGAGGAAUUGACCUUCAAAGUGUCCACGGCCGCCGGAAUCGACGUGGUGGGGAAAGAGAAAGACGCGAAGGAGAAGGACGAAAAAACAAGUUCCGCCAUAAAAAAUCUCUCGUCGCAGCUCGCGCGCACCGGGACGCACACCUUCCCGGGCAUGACUAAGGUGUUGGGCGAGGGGGAGAAUUCGUUCACUUUGAAGAUCGAGGAGGGAAGCUUUUCCACCGGGCAGAUUGUCGGCAUGCUCGGGCAGAACGGAACGGGGAAAAGUACCUACAUGGAAGUCUUGGCGGGCCUGCACGACAAGAAGGUGGAAGACAGUGGAGAGGGUGGGGUAGCGAGUGGAACCUCUACGGAGGGUGUUGGUCAGGGAAGUGCCAGUGGUAAUAAAAAAAGUGCAGUUGCCGAGAAGAACAAACCGAAAUCUUCUACAGCAGCAGGUUCCUCCGAAGAGGACGCAAAUACAACUUCUUCUAAACCUGACGCCACGAAAUACAUCUCCGACCCGACGUCUUUACCGGCCGCGGGGUUCUCCAUGUCAUACAAGAAGCAGGACUACGCGCCGAAAUUCCGGCGGUACCCGGGCACCGUGCGCCAGCUGCUGGAGCGCAACAUCACCAAGGCGUUCUGCAACGACAGCAUGUUUCGCUUACUGGUGCUCCGCCCUCUCGGGUUCGACGACACCGCGAGUUUGACCAGCGGAUCGGGCAACGACAGCAUUCUGGACAUGAACGUGAAAACGCUGUCCGGCGGGGAGCUGCAGCGUUUGGCGAUCAUCCUGUGUCUCGGCACACCCGCCGCGGUCUAUCUACUGGACGAACCCAGCGCGGGGCUGGAUUGCGAGCAGCGCGUCAAGGUCGCGCGCGCCAUCAAGAAGUGGGUCCGGGACCACCUGCAGCGCACGGCGUUCAUCAUCGAGCACGACAGCGUCAUGAUGACGGCCUGCGCGGACAAGGUGAUUCUGUUCACGGGGACCCCGGGGAGAAAAGCAAAUGCCAGCACGCCGAUGAACUUGGUGGACGGGUUUAACGCGUUUUUGAAGGAAAUGAACGUCACCUUCCGUCGCGACCCCGUGAACCUGCGCCCGCGGAUUAACAAACCCGGCAGCGUCAAGGACCGCGAGCAGCUAUGCCUUUGCAAAAACAUCGUAACGGUGGUGGUACAAAUUGCAGUCAUGUGCAUGACAAAUUAAUGUGGUAUUUGAAGCUGGCUCAGCAUUACAAAUCCCAGGUUUUUUUUUUACUUGCCAAAUUAUUCUGUCAUGCUCUUUCUACUAGCAACUACGAUGUACUUUUUCAGUGCAUAGCAGAAGGCCAGCGGGAAUUUCUACGAGUUCGACCCCGACGAAGAACACUAGGGCCUGCCUGGCGAUGCUGCACUGCUGCGAACGGUGGAAAUUUGUCCGAGGAAACCAGACGGCGAGGGCGGCUACGGGAAUGACGAGGACGACGCGGGUGACGGGGACGACGACGAUGAGGACGACGCCGAUGAGGGCGACGCCGAUGAGGACGACACGGAGUAGGACGACCAGGACAACACCGAGGAUGAUUGAGGGUGAGUGCAAUAAUUUACAGAUGCAAAAGAGGUGCAAGAGUAUGCGCAUCAAAACCGCAAGUAGAAGAGGAUGUUGUGAAAAAGCAUUGCUGGAAGGUGAUUGAUAGGAGACCAGAUGGUGAAAACAAAACUCGGGAUAGUUCAGCAACUGCAUGCUGGAGCUGCGAUUGAUGAGGUUUUGUAGAAAAGGAACGGCUACAACUGCUAGUACCCACUUGAAACUUCGCCAGGUUGCUGUGAUGUGGCUUGACAGCACGGAAAUGAGAACUCUGUUUGCGAACGCGCAACAAUCAAAAUGGGAUAGUCCCGCUUCAGAUAAAGUAUUGCAAGAAUUUUUGGAAGGCGCGAUAUCUAAAUUCGAAUGCAGUUAUCGAG